AUGUGUGUUUCCACUUCCCUUUUUCUAAUUCACUAAUGCAUCCUGCACUUUGAAAAGUAAUUUCUCAGAUGUGCUCCUUGGGGCUGGUGUGGCAGUGUAGUACUGUGAGAGCAAAACCAAACCUGUUAUUCUAGAGAAAACCUUCCGUGUGGUCUCUGCCCUGGACAGGCCAGCUCUCCAUGCCACUGUGGAUGUCACUGCUGGCACUGGCUUCUGUCAGUGGACAAUUUGCAACUGCCCCCAAACCUGUGAUUUCCCUCCAACCUCCAUGGACCACUGCUUUCCAAGGAGAGAGUGUGCUUCUGACUUGUAAUGAAUUUCCCAUCAACUCACCACGGGAAACAACAUGGUUCUAUCAGAACCAAGGGAGCCAAACAUCCAGCACGACCCCCGGAAACACCCGUGUGGUUCAGGAGACUGGAAAGUACCAAUGCCAGCACAAUGGCUCAUCUCUAAGUGGCUCUGUGCACUUGAUCUUUUCUUCAGCUGCCCUGAUCCUCCAGGCUCCACUUUCCGUGUUUGAAGGAGACACCAUGGUUCUGCGAUGCCUCAGAAGGCCGGGAUCAGCCCUGAAAACCACCACCAUAUACAAGAACUGGGAGGCCCAGGUGCCUCUCCGUGACGGCUCUGACUUCCGCGUUCAUGGAGCAAUGCUAAGGGACAAUGGCCAGUACCACUGCAAGGCGGAUAACGAAAGUUGUUGUUCUGUUGUGUCAAACACAGUGGAAAUCCAAGUGCAAGAGCUGUUUCCACAUCCUCAGCUAACCGCCAGCCCCUCCCAGCCCACCGACGGGAGCCCAGUGAACCUGACCUGUGAGACCCGGCUCCCUCCGCAGAGGUCAGAUGUCCAGCUCCAAUUCUGCUUCUUCAGAGAAGGCCAGGCCCUGGGGUCAGGCUGCAGCAGCUCCCCGGAGCUCCAGAUCCUGGCCAUGCGGAGUGAAGACACAGGGUCUUACUGGUGCCAGGCUCAGACGGUGACUCUAAGUGUCUCGAAGAAAAGCCUGAGGUCCUACAUACAUGUGCGGAGAGCUGUUCCCAGCGUCCAAAUACACACUCGCCCACCCCAGGGGUCGGUGUUUGAAGGUCAGGAGCUGGUCCUCGUCUGCUCAGUACGUGGAGUCCCAGGGCCCAUCAGUGUCUCCUGGUACAGACGAUCCAAAGUGCGUGUAGCAACAGAAAUUGCACUUUCCCGGGAUGCAGAAUUCAGGAUCCCCACGGUAAAAAGCAGUGAUGCUGGCAAGUACUACUGUGAAGCCAACUCCAUUCCCAGCACGGAAGUCACCAUCCAUAUGAGAGUUCCCGUGUCUCAUCCUGUCCUGACCCUCAGUCCUCCUGGGUCCCGAGCUACUGAGGGAGAUGUGAUGACACUUCGCUGUGAGGCCCAAAGAGGUUCACUCCCGAUCCUGUAUCGGUUUUUUCAUGAAGAUGCUUUGCUCAAGGAGAUAAAAGCCACUUCAUGGAGAAAAAGUUCCUUCCACCUUCCUCUGACUGCGGAGCAUUCUGGGAGCUACUACUGCACAGCCGACAAUGGCCUGGGCCCUCAGCACAGUGCGGCCGUGACCCUCUCAGUCCGUGGUGCCAUCGCGCCCUUGCCAGCUGCACAGCAGCUUUCUGUCUCCUGA